CAUAGGUUGUAAGUAUCCUGCUACCAGGUGCUGGUCUACUACGAUCGCGCAGGCUACGAGAGGCCACCAAGAUCCCAUUUAAUUUUAGCAAUUAGGGCGGGUGUUCUAGAAGGUGUUCACGCGAUUUGAAAGUUAGCUUUUAGGUCUAGGACAGGACAGCAAGUUUGGUGUCAGAAGGGCUUGGGCAGAGUGCGAGAGAGGCAUGGGCCGGGCCAGGAAGGGCAAAACGGGCCGCGGCGCCUCCUGUAACCAAUAAGGCCUCGGCGCCGGGGCCUGGCGGGGGGCGGCCAUCUUGGUAAGGCCCUGAGCGGCGGCCGGCGCGGGGCUGACGCCGGCGGGGCUGCCAGAUUCGAAGGACACAACGAGUGAGUGACCGGGCAACGUGGAGCGAAAUCUAGCUCGGCCAGGACCCCGCGCGGCGUGGGGGCACCCGGUGGGCCUCGGAUGCGGCGCCGGCUCGCCCCCAGGAUGGUGAGGCGGCGAGCGCUGAGGCGCUGCCUGCAGUUGUUAACGCCCUCGGCGGAGCCGGUGCGGCGGAGCCGGGGGCGGAGAAACCCGGGCGCUGGCCACCGUCGCCCCUUCCGCUGCCCUGGGGCGCUGUGUCCGGGGGCGCUGUGUCCCGUAGCCGAAGAGCAGCAGCAGAGGCGGCGGCGGCGCGCGCGCCUGACCGACCAUCGCGUCAGCUCUUCACGAAAGGACAUGGAUGAAAAUGAAAGCAACCAGUCCCUGAGGACAAGUUGCCAAUAUCCUAAAGAAGCAGUAAGAAAGCGCCAAAAUUCACGGAAUUCUGGAGGAAGUGAUUCUUCUAGGUUUUCCAGGAAGAGUUUCAAACUGGAUUACAGACUAGAAGAAGAUGUAACUAAAUCAAAGAAAGGAAAGGAUGGGAGAUUUGUUAACCCUUGGCCAACAUGGAAAAAUCCCUCUAUUCCAAAUGUUCUCAGAUGGCUGAUGAUGGAAAAAGAUCACAGCAGUGUUCCAUGCUCCAAAGAGGAGCUCGAUAAAGAACUCCCAGUGCUUAAGCCGUAUUUUAUCGAUGACCCUGAAGAAGCUGGAGUGAGGGAAGCUGGCUUAAGAGUCACGUGGCUGGGACACGCGACAGUGAUGGUGGAAAUGGACGAGCUCAUCUUGCUCACUGACCCCAUCUUCAGCGCUCGGGCCUCCCCAUCGCAGCGCGUGGGUCCCAAGCGGUUCCGUCGCCCCCCUUGCACCGUCGGUGAACUGCCCCGGGUAGACGCGGUCCUCAUCAGCCACAACCACUACGACCACCUGGACCAUAGUUCUGUCGUCGCUUUGAACGAGCGGUUUGGUAACGAGCUGAGGUGGUUUGUGCCUCUGGGGCUCCUGGACUGGAUGCAGAAGUGUGGCUGUGAGAACGUGAUCGAGCUGGACUGGUGGGAGGAGAACUGCGUCCCCGGACACGACAGGGUGACGUUUGUGCUCACCCCUUCCCAGCACUGGUGUAAGAGGACUCUGACGGACGACAACAGGGUUCUCUGGGGCAGCUGGUCUGUCUUGGGGCCCUGGAACCGAUUCUUUUUCGCAGGAGACACUGGUUAUUGCUCUGCUUUUGAAGAGAUAGGAAAAAGAUUUGGACCUUUUGACCUUGCAGCUAUUCCCAUUGGAGCGUAUGAACCAAGGUGGUUUAUGAAAUACCAGCAUGUAGACCCAGAAGAGGCUGUAAAGAUUCACAUUGAUGUGCAGACAAAGAGAUCUGUGGCAAUUCACUGGGGAACUUUUGCCUUAGCAAAUGAGCAUUACUUAGAACCUCCAGUGAAACUGAGUGAGGCUCUAGAGAGAUAUGGACUUAAGGCUGAAGAUUUUUUUGUCUUGAAGCAUGGAGAGUCAAGAUACCUUAACACUGAUGAUGACAACUUGGAGUAAAUGUGAGCACAGGAGCUUCUAAUGAAAAAGGCAUCAUCUGAUAUAAAUCUAAAAAGACUAAGAAAUUCAUGAAUAUUACGAUUUUUUACAUUUGGAAACAGCUUAUGCAGGUCUGUGUUCUAUGUUGCAACCUGCUUACUAAUAUGAUUGCCAGUUCUUAUAAACAGAGAAGAGUUCGAGGUGGGUCAUUUAAAUAAUGAAGGCUAAUGUGGAUUUUAAGUCAUGUCUCAGUGACAUAAACAUUGCAAUGGAAUUUUUUUUUACUAAAGCAUUCUACUUUAGUGGUAGAGUUUUGAGAUUAUGAAAAACUGAUUUUAAAAACUCAUUUCUGUUCUUCUCUUCUUAGGGGCCUUCUGCACGGUAAGUCAAGGCUGUCUGCCUACUUAGAUUUUCUCACAGGCCUGCACAUAGAAACAUAUUUCUUACAGUCAUGUUAGAGCAAAUGAUGACAUUGAUUCCCCACAUGGUUAUAUGCCAAAUGUUAAGUGAUUUAUUUUUUUAAACAUAAAAACAUAGGAGUUUGGGCUAAGUUACCAUUUUUUUUAUAGAGAGGAAUAAUAUACUACGUGGCAUAUCUACAAUCCCCAAAUCAAAAGCCCUCUGAGCUGGGCAGAGGAAGGGGAAGUGUGGUUAUGAGAACAUGAUUUGUGAAAUGUUCUAUUUUUAAUCUAAAAGUCAGACCUGCUCAGCACAAAUAUAGCUGCAAGGAAAUAAUUUACAAAGAUAAAUGCAGAUCUUAAAUGUUAAUAGACCAUAUACUUUGAGUUAAAUUUUAUUCUUUCCAUAUUCCAUCUUCUCUCUCUAUAUAUAUACUCAUUAUUUUUUCUGGUUUCUUAGCUCAAACCCCAGUAUGUCAGUGAGCUUAUAAGAAAUAUUUUCUGUUUUACAUGAUUCUCUUAUAUUUUUAUAUUACACGAUCCUUGAACACGGUUCUUUUAUUAAGCCAGUGUGGAAUAUUAGUGGUUAAAAAAGAGACAGUGAUUCUGGGAGUCCACUGCCCUGAGUUUUAGUCCUAGACAUGCUCUACAUGCACUCCAUUACUCUGAACCUUCCUAAAUGAGAGAGCUGAUUAGAGGCCCCUUCUGUCUUCCCAAUCCAGCCUCAGUGAAAUGAACUUUAUUCAUACAAAAUAAUCAAAAUAGGUUUCCUACACCAAAUGCUACCCAGGUAGUGCCCUGUAAUUUAUUUUCACAUAUAUAUGCAUGUUAGCCACUUAAUCUGAAUUUUAAUCCUGCUUCCACCUUGGAUUUUCUGUGUGCCCUAAAACAAGUCACCUAAGCUCAAUGUGCCUCAGUGUCCUCAUGUGCAACAAGAGGAUGAUUUUCACCUACCUCCAAAAACUGUGAAGAAUAAAUAAGUCUUUUUUUAAAAAAAAAAAAACACUUUGAAAAUAUAAGGGAGAAAAUGAUAUCUUAAGAUAUCACUGCCUAAUACAGAUAGGUAGAUUUGAAAGUGGAAAAUAGGCUAAUGCUUUUGAUAAUAUAUAUUCAAGCAUGUAAGGACACUAAACAUUGAGGACUAACAACUUUAUCUCCCACAUUUUGUAAAUUUGGAGAAUAAUAGCCAAGAUAAAUGUAAAUAAUGUUUAUCAAAAUUUAGCAUUUUUAUCUACAAAGAUGCAAAUCUGUCAAGGGGAAAUGUAUAUGUAAUAUAGGUGAAUGUAUAUGAUUUGUGGACACUAAAGCACAAAAAAUUUCCCCAUAAAAUAAACCUUCAGGAAAAAAAAACCCACUUUUUCACUCCAAAGGAACAUUUAGCACUGCAGAUGGGAAUCAAGAUGUUUGGCUUAUGGUGGAUUAGCCUUGGCAUGGGCUGCCCUAAUACUAGCCAGAGUUCUGUGGUCACCUUCCUCGCUGUUGCACGCCAGACGGAAAAUUCAUCUCUUACCUCUGCUCUCUGAAGCAAGCCAAGCACAUCUUGCUUAAUUAUUAUUUCUUCUCCUUGAGUGGCCUUAAUGCUAAUUUUGUAUUCACAUGUACUGUUUAACUGAGGGGUCUCCAGGCACUUUAAAUUAUGUUCUGAGUUCCACUUAAUUGGGCCUGCCUCAUUUUCUAGGCUUCCUCCAAGCUGUAAUUUUUAUGACCAUUUGCAUUCUUUCCACUUUGACAUUUUGUUCAUUAAGAAGUACAUUGAGCUUCAUCUCUCCUAUCUACAUUUUGAAGGGUUUUAUGUACAAAGCAAAAACAAAUUUUGAAAAACAAGACUAAUCCACUCUGUUCCCUCCAUUCAGUCUAAUACAUGUCAUAAUGCCUUUUCGUUUGUCUCAUCCUCUAAGUCAAUUUCAUUUUCCUCUUUGAUUAGCCAGCAUCCAUACCAACAUGUAAGAUCUUAUUGAAAUCCCUUUCUCCCGUGAUAACUGAAGAACACUUUGAAACUCAUUGCCCAAGAGGGUGGGACCAUCAAUUAGGAGAAAGCCCACCUAAAAAAGGUAAGAUGUGCCAUGACCUACAUAGGUAGAGAUCGAACUGUGCACUUUCCCUGUGGAAUUCUUUCUGGAUGACUCCCCCUUUUUCUCUAGCAUUUUGACAUUUCAAACUCAAUGCUCUGAUCUCCAGGAAAUGUUAUUUGUUCAAACUAAUAAUAGAGGAAAAGAAGAGAGGGUAUUUUAGAAUCCAAUGCUGCUACCGCACAUUGAAAUCAAAUCUUCGUUUUAAUGUGUGUACAUUUUGAAUAUAUAUUUUCAUUAAACAAGGAGGAAGAUUAAGCAAAAUUGUUAUAAAGAAAUGUGCCUUUCAGGGAAUUAAUACUUAUGUUUGCAUCACUUGAUAAAUGAUCCUUAGCCUUCAUAAUGUACAUUAUUACUGCUGUAGCUAAUUUAGAAUUUUCAUGUUUUCCUCAUAUUUCUACUGUAAAAAUAUGUCUCCCAAGUUUCAUUUCUGUGUCAGGAUAACCCUGAGAAAGCACAUUUUUCUGUUUGAGGAUUUGUGACUUCCUAUGGAAAUCUAUGUAUUUACAAAUGAAAUUUAAAGUACUCUUCUCUUAAAGCUUUGCCUUAAAUACAUGAAUAGGAAAGCUUCUGCUUACAAAUUGAUUUACUUAAUAACUAAGCAUGGUGGUGGUUAUGAACUUGAAUAUUACAAAACCUGUGGGGGGGGAACCUGGCUGAAUUCAAAUAUAUCAAUAAAUUGUUAGAGUAGCUUAUGGGAUAAAAAUACUAUUAAAAAUAACUGCUGAGAA